GGUGGGACUUUGGCAUGUAUAAAAAACUACCUAUGUUUAAGAAGUGCCCAUUGAUUUAUUGGCUUACGGACUAAAGCUGUUGGAAGUAAGCAUGUCUGGCAAGAAUAUCCAGGGAUUUGCUCAACAAGCAGAGCGCACAAUGCACGAUGCUGCAAACAGUCUGGGAAAGGCCACACAGCAAGGCAUGAACCAAGUUUCGGAGGCAGGCCAGAAAGCCGUGGACCAGACUUGCAAGAGGGUUCAAGAAGGUGUCGACAAAGCAACGGGAGAAGCAGCAAACGCCAUAUCGGGCCUUGAGAAAAAAAUUGGACUUAAGAAAUGAGGAUGGCUAUCACUAGAUAAAUAUAGCUGAGCAACUCUAGACCUGUGUUUCCCUCUUCCGCUUCUAUUAUAAUCAUUAUCUUUGCAUAAAACAUGGAAUAUAUUCUUCCUUUAUGUUCAUUUUAAUUGGCGUGUCUUCUGAAAAGAAAAGAAAAAGACUGUGUACAACCUCCAGAAGAUGACAACAUCUUCAUGAUCCACUGACCAACAGUGUGCGGUCCUUCAUCACUUGCAACUGCAGGAGGAUUUGCUGAAUGAUCAUCUCACGAGUAUAAUGAUAAUGACCAUAAAACAAAUUCAUCACCCCAUUAAGAUGUUUUUAUCCCCUUCCCUUCAUUUUUAAUGUACAGAUGAGACAUCAGAACAAAGCAGAGGAGAAAAUAAUAUGGCCUUCCCAACAGAGGUGGUUGGACUACAACCCCCAGCAUUCCUCACUAUUAGCUAUUCUGGAUAGGGCUACUGGACCUUGCAGUCCAACAAUAUCUGGAGGGCAGCAUGAAACUAAGAAGGUCACCCAGUUGAGAAACUGCAGACAUUUCCAAAUUAUGUCUGUUUUUGAGAUCUUUUUUGAGUGUAUUGAUAUAGCCAGCUUUCCCUUUUUGCGUGUGGCCUAAAUACCAUAAAGGCAGUGGAUUCUGAGUGAUAUCAACUCUAGUUAGUACUUAGAUGGGAGACCGACAACAAAUCCUAGAUUAAUGUAUUGUCAAAGACUUUCAUGGCUGGAAUCACUG